UUUCCCACUUUCACACUUAGUCUGAAAGUCUUCUCAUUUUCCUUUGCUUUUCGUUUUCAAUUUUCCUCGACUCUUCCAUCUCGAUCAACAAAUGUAGAUUCCAUAAACUCAAAUAUGUAUACUAUAUUUAUAUCACUCCAAUCAAAGUUUGGAUAAAACACAAGUAUUUACUAAAAAAAGAGCAGCAAAAACAAGUAAAAAAUGGAGUUGGUCAGUCUCCUCCUCCAAGCAACAAGAUUCGCUUUCCACGUUCUCUCCUGGCCUUCAGUGACUGUGGUGUGCCCUUUGUAUACUUCAAUAAGGGCUAUAGAGAGUGAUAAGGAAUCCUGCUACCAGCACUGCCUUAAAUGUUGGGUCUUGUUUGCUAUAAUCACUCUCCUGGAAUGGACUUUUGCAGAAUUUGUACUAUGGAUUUACUAUUGGCCUCACGUAAAAGGAUUAGCAUAUCUCUUGCUUGCUCUGCCUUAUUCUGGUUCUGCUUCUUUCAUCUAUUCACGAUAUGUUAAGCCAUACAUCACACCAGAUUCCUGCGUGCAUAGCAUCUUUCUUAUCCCAGAAAUGAUAAAUUUCACAUUCGGCAAACAGAACGAGUGCACUGAUGCAGCAUUGGCACAUAUCGAAGAAUAUGAAGAGGAAAAAUGGGAAAGUUUAUUCAAUCAUAAGAUUGAAUCUUAUCAUACUUUGGAGCAGAAAUCCAGUUUAAAGGAAAUUCAAUAUGAGGAAGUACGUGAGAAUUUUGUUACUUUCAAGGGUGAAUCUGAUCUUACUUUGAACCAGCACAGCAAACCACAGAAAGUUCAAAAGCAAUGGAACUGUGCAGUCUGUGAAGUGAGUGCAACGAGUAAGAAUUAUGUGGGGAAGCAUAUGAAGGGAACGAAACAGAAUCAGGAAGAGGAACUGAUUGCCACUAACAAAUUAGCGAGAUCAGCUCAAGAAUAUAGAGAGGAAGUAUCAGCAAGAUCGGUAAUUUGUGAGACUUAUUACCAGCCAGCCAAUUUGAAGAAUGUUCAAAAGGAGUGGAGCUGUCCUCUGUGUCUAGUGAGCACUAGCGGUGAGAAAAACUUGAGGGAACACAUGCAAGGUAAGAAGCACAAGCUGAAGGAAAAGGAAUUCAAAGAAAUCGAAGCAGUCUGUUUAAAAGAAGUCCAAAGUGCAUCAAAAAUAAAUGCAGCAGAUUAUCGUGUGACGGGUUUACUUGAGAGUUUGAAGUUGAUACAAUUGACAGGCUUAUUUAAUCGGCCCAUUAAGUUAUGCAGUUGGAAAAAGCCUGAUCGUGGAUGGAUCAAGUUGAACACAGAUGGGUCUGUAGACAAGGGACACGCAGGGUUUGGUGGGUUGUUGCGUGACCACAAUGGUGCGCCUAUAUGUGCUUAUGUUUGUAAAGCUCCACGAGUUGAUUCAUUCAUGGUCGAACUGUGGGGCAUAUGGAGAGGCGUCCAACUUGCCUCGAAUAUGGGGAUUAAGUUUAUAUGGGUGGAGUCGGACUCGAUGAGCGCUGUGAAAAGCAUAAACCGAGAACAACCGUUGUACGCCCCAAUGGCUAGCGCCUGCCUUGAGUGUAUUUGGGAAACACUGACGAAAUUUGACAAGUACCGAGUGAGUCAUUCGUAUAGAGAGAGUAACAAAGCAGCUGACUGUUUAUCAAAGAUAGAGGUAAAGGGAAGAGAUGAUGUUGUACUAUUGCCAGUUGAUUUUCCCAGAUGCCUCAAGAAAAUGAUUCAAGAUGAUGCCCAGGGGAAGUGGUAUUAUAGAUCAUGAAACUCCAUUUGAUUCUGGGUGUGUCUUUUUGCUUUGUACUUAUCCUUUCUCUUGUACCUAAAGAAAGACUUGGUGGGGAGUGGGGAGUGCCUAACAUAAUCUUUAAACACUUACUCCAGCUCAAGACUCAAGGGGUAGUACUCUCUUGUACCAAUGUACAUGUUAACGUGUAGCCACUUUGCCAUUAUGUUACUAAUAUUGUUGGAUAGAUAGUAAUUUCACGGUCUUGAAAGUAAUGACGUUCUAACUUCUAAUGUAGGUUGGCCCUAUGCCAAUCUGACAAAUUAUUCUG